GGAGUCACUGCUGGAUUGCAUCGCCUCCCCCCUCUUUUUAUGAUUCUGACAUAGAGAGAGAAGCCUGGCGUGCAGCUGCAGGAUCCCUCAUCUGAAGAGAUCGAAGUAGGCUACGGAUCGCGCAUUUUUCGGCGUCUUUAGUUUGGGGAAACAUAUAAUCCGGGCAUAACGUUUCAGGCAAUGACCCACCUCUGGACCCUUGUGUCAGCGUUGCUGCUGCUGCUUUUGCUAGUGACUGGAAUUCUGAGCAACCAUGAAGAAAAUGACAAUGAAGUCCUCAAACAACUUGAGGCCAAACUCAACAGGAGCCAGAGUCCAGAAAUUGAGAAUGCAAUCAGAAAUAUCACAGAAGUGAUGGAGAGUCAUACAGCAACCACAUCAGCUCCAACGAUUACUACGUCUCGGCCGAGCCCCACUCUUGCUCGGUGUCUAGGAAACCAGGUGACGCAGGGGGGCAGCACUGGUUGUGGCUGUCCGUCCGGGACAGUGCGGAGCGGUGACAACUGUACUUGUCCUGUAGGAUUCGCUCUGCACGGAGCAGCCGAAUGUAAAGAUGUUAAUGAGUGUGAUGGAGCAGGACCCGGACCAUGUGGUCCCCAUGCCAGCUGCACUAAUAGCCCUGGCUCAUACUCAUGUUCCUGUCUCCGUGGCUACCUGAUGGGUUCUGGAGGGUGCCAGGACAUAGAUGAAUGUGCUCUGGCUGCAGUCACGGGCUUGCAGGCCUGUCAGGAAGGGGCUGAAUGCACAAACACCCCUGGUUCCUUCACCUGCUCGUGCCCAGUGGGACAUGUAAGGGCUUUGAAUGAACAAGGCUGUGUAGAUGUAGAUGAGUGCAGCUUUGAGGAGCUGUGUCGUCGUGAACUGGGAAACGUAUGUGUGAACACUCCCGGCAGCUUUCUGUGCCGGUGCCAGCGGGGCUUUAGAACCGAGGCCUCUGCCUGUGUUGAUGUGGAUGAGUGUAUAGAGAGUCCCGAGUUGUGCGAAGGUCAGGGUGUGUGUGAGAACACGCUUGGGAGCUACAAGUGUAUUUGUCGACCCGGUUACCAGGGAAACGGCACACACUGCGAAGAUGAGAACGAGUGUGCAUCAGGCAUUCACAGGUGUGACACCAACGCUCAAUGUGGCAACAUCAUCGGUUCGUACUUCUGCCAGUGUUACCAGGGCUUUAAUGGAGACGGGCAUGCUUGCUUUGAUGUUGAUGAGUGCCUUCUUAACAAUGGGUACUGUGAACACAACUGCACCAAUGAAUUAGGAACGUACAGCUGUCAGUGUGCUGCGGGCUACCAGCUGGACCAGGGUGGACAUAACUGCACAGAUGUGGACGAGUGUUCAGCUCCAAAUGGGACCUGUCAGCACAUUUGUGUCAACACUAUAGGCUCUUUCCGGUGCUCCUGUAAACCGGGCUACCAGCUGCACAUUGAUGGCCGCACCUGCGUAGAUGUCGACGAAUGCAAACUGCAGAAUGGCGGAUGCUCUCAUGCCUGUACCAACUCUCCUGGGGGAUUCACCUGCCACUGCCCGCGUCCUCUGUUGUUGGAUACUGACAACCUCACUUGCACUAAUGCUACCUCUUGUCUGCUAAGAAAUGGAGGUUGCAACCAUGUAUGUUCCCUGAGAGCUGAGGGCGACAUCCAGUGUAGCUGUCGCGCAGGUUGGAAGCUGGGAGACGACCUCAAGAGCUGCAUUGACGCGAACGAGUGCAGAGACUUUACAAACGGAGGCUGUGAGCAGCUCUGUGUGAACCACCCUGGCGGGUUUAACUGCACCUGCAAGGAGGGGUACGAGGUCCGAGCUGAUGACCCCACCAGGUGUCGACCUGUGUGUGACCCACCAUGUCAGAACUACGGAGUGUGUGUGGGGCCAAACAGCUGCGACUGUCCUCCAGGCUACCCUGGUGUGGGGUGCUCAGCCAUUUGCUCUCCACCCUGUGCCCAUGGAGGAACCUGCAUGCGCUGGAACAUGUGUUUGUGUCCUUCUGGGUGGACAGGAGAAGGCUGCCACACAGCUGUGUGUGAGCUGCCGUGUGCAAACGGCGGCCGCUGUGUAGGCCCUGGUACCUGCCAGUGCUCCUCUGAUUACACGGGCCCCCAGUGCCUGUUGCCACUGUGCACUCCAGCCUGUCAGAAUGGGGGAAGAUGUGUGGAUGUUAACAAAUGCACGUGUGUUGCUGGAUGGCAAGGAGCUCGAUGCCAGAUUGAGUCAAUCCAGUGUCAAAAGCCUUGCAGGAACGGAGGAGUGUGUGUGGGCCUUAACCGAUGCCGCUGUGCCAAAGGAUUCACUGGCGGUCUCUGUGAAACAGCUGUAACAACACGAUGUGUCCCACCUUGUCAACAUGGAGCCACCUGCAGCCCGCACAACACCUGUACCUGUCCAGAAGGCACCGCAGGCCUGCGCUGUGAGAGACUGACAUGUCCUGUGGUCACCACGGUGGUCAGCACAGCCCGUGCUGUGAGGAAAGCUGUGAGGGAGAGCUACGUUGAUCGCUGUGGACCCCUGGGAGUUCAGCUUUGCACUAAAUACAGGAUGAACCAGGCUCGUGUGUACCUGCAGGCCUACAGGGUUGGCUACAAAAUCCAGUGUCCUGUUAAGAAGAACACAUAAGCUGUGCAGGAUACAGGAAAAGACGCAUAACAUCUGCAGCAAAAAGUAUGUUGGGGGAAGAAAAACCACCUGGACUGAAUUCAGACAAUCUCAGAAGUGGGAACAACUGUGGGAGCCGCUGUUUAGCUUCACUGUUGAAAUAAAAGAGCCGUGUCUGAUGGAAAUGCUGCUCUUUUCAUGUCAUUUUGGUUGAUUAAGAGACACAUCUGUAAAUCUACAUUUAAAAAAAAAACAAUCAUGACUUUCUUAAAAUUUGAAAUGGUCUAUCAAUUCAUCAUUUUUAAUUAUUUGCUUUCAAAUGGCAGUAAAUUUGUAAAUAUUUUUUAGAAAAUUCGAAUUGUCAGUAUGCAGGUGGAAAUCAAUUGUCAGCUUCAAAUAAAAUCACCCAAGCUCACUUAUACUUUAUAUUCAGUUGCAGAUUUUAAAAUAGACAUAUAAAGGAUUUGCUCUUAGGUGUUAGUGGUUACUUAGCAACUGUGGGAAGGUUUUAUUUUUUUCUUCACACAUCAACUCAAAAAUUCAUUCACAGCUACUGAGCAACUCAAAGAAUUUACGCAAGCUUUUGUGUGGUGCCAACCCAAGCCUCCUUAUCAGGCUGUGAGGGUCCAAUCUCCCCUGAAUGUAGCAGGCUCUCCUGUCUCCCACCAAGAAGCUGCCGCACAGAGUGUCGCUUGAUUGCACAGGAUGUGGGGAAAACUGGCACUCAGCUGGUGGGAGGAAUUAUUGGCAGAUGAGACGGCGUCAGCUCUGUAUGCUUAUAGUUUUAAAAAAAACUCCAGAGCAGAGCAUUGCAUCUUUUUUAUUAUGUGAUUUUUAUAUCAUGUCGCUUUGUUGCUGGAGUUAUUACUGCAGCUUUAGUUCAUUGCAUUCUCCUCUUAGUGGACAUGAAAAAGGUGAAGUGCUGCAUCAAGGAGGUAAGAAAAGAAGAAAUACUUCACCUGGCUAGGUUUUCCCUGAGGUCCAGACACUUUUCUGACACGGAACAAUGAUGGUCACCUUGAGUUCUCAUCAUUAUGGCGAUAGAGCAAUCAGCAGCUAAUCUGAAAGGAAUGAUGACCCCCUGAUCCUCGUAAUCUGACGUCUCCUGGGAUUGUCUGUGAUUGCAGACAGUUUUCACAGUAAGUUAGAGUGCAGAUUGAAAGAAAUGCAUGUAUUAAUUACAGAGGUUACAAAGCACAUCAGAGCAAAGCUUGAAAGCUGCAACAUUCAAAUACCUGCGAUAUUUGGGAAAAUACUCUGUAGACUGUUGACUUGAGACAGUUCGAACUUUUAGCAGCUGUGCAACCCAUUUAAUCUGCCAUGAGACAAUGUUUGAAAUGUAAACAAGCAUCAUUCCAACAGUCAAAUAAAGUGUUGAUAGUG